CCCGGGAAAUCAGCAAGGUCAUGGCUUCCAUGGCUCUGGGCAUGCUGAAUGAGGGCGGCUGCAGCGAAGAUGAGCUGCUGGAGAAAUGUAUUCAGUCCUUCGACUCAGCUGGCAGCCUGCGCCGUGGGGACCACGUUCUCAACAUGGUACUGGCCAUGCACAGCUGGGUGCUGCCUUCCGCCCACCUCGCUGCCCGCCUGCUGACCUUAUAUCCUCCCAGGGCCAUGAGCAGCGGGUGGAGGGCGGAGGGCAGAGACGGGCGGGUCUGGAAGAUGGGGGCAGGGUGAGCAGGCAGGUUGGCAGAGCCUUGACCGGAACUCAAGUACCAGGAAGCCACAGGGGACACACAGGAGCUGAGGCGGCUGCAGAUCUGCCACCUGGUCAGGUACUGGCUGACCCAACACCCAGAGACAGUGCAUCAAGAGCCUCAGCUAGAAGAGGUUAUCGGGCGCUUCUGGGCCACUGUGGAGCAGGAGGGCAACUCUGCCCAGAGGAGCCUGGGAGACUCCUCCACUCUGUGAGUCAGCCCUCCCCACCCCGUUCGGCUGCCUCUCUCCUCACCCUCACGUCCUCCACCCCGCACCCAUCCAGUACCCUGCCCCUCUUUGCCCCCAGCCUGAGCCCCGGGGGCCCUGGCCCCCCGCCCCCUCUGAGCAGCCCAGGCCUCGGCAAAAAGCGCAAAGUGUCCUUGCUCUUCGACCACCUGGAGACGGAGGAGCUGGCUCAGCAUCUCACUUACCUGGAGUUUCGCUCCUUCCAGGCUAUCACGCCCCAGGAUCUGCGGGGCUACGUUUUGCAGGGCUCCGUGCGGGGCUGCCCGGCCCUGGAGGGAUCCGUAGGCCUCAGCAACAGCGUGUCCCGCUGGGUGCAGGUCAUGGUGCUGAGCCGUCCCGGGCCGGCACAGCGCGCGCAGGUGCUGGAGAAGUUCAUCCAAGUGGCACAGAGGCUCCACCAGCUCCAGAAUUUCAACACACUGAUGGCGGUCACGGGGGGCCUGUGUCACAGUGCCAUCUCCAGACUCAAGGACUCCCACGCUCAUCUGAGCCCUGACAGCACCAAGGCCCUGCUAGAACUGUCUGAGCUCCUCGCUGCCCACAACAACUACGCCCGUUACCGCCGCACCUGGGCUGACUGCACGGGCUUCCGGCUGCCGGUACUGGGCGUGCACCUCAAAGACCUGGUGUCCCUGCAUGAGGCACAGCCCGACAGGCUGCCAGACGGCCGCCUGCACCUCCCCAAACUCAACAACCUCUACCUGCGGCUGCAGGAGCUGGCAGCCCUCCAGAGGCAGCACCCGCCCUGCAGUGCCAAUGAGGACCUGCUGCAUCUGCUCACGCUUUCCCUGGAUCUCUUCUACACGGAGGACGAGAUCUAUGAGCUUUCUUACGCCCGGGAGCCCCGCUGCCCCAAGAGUCUGCCACCCUCCCCCUUCAAAGCGCCCCUGGUGGUGGAGUGGGCCCCUGGCGUGACACCCAAGCCUGACAGGGUCACCCUGGGUCAGCACGUGGAGCAGCUGGUGGAGUCUGUGUUCAAGAAUUAUGACCCUGAAGGCCGAGGAACCAUCUCUCAGGAGGACUUUGAGCGAUUCUCAGGCAACUUCCCCUUCGCCUGCCAUGGGCUUCACCCACCGCCCCGCCCGGGGAAUGGCUCCUUCACCCGAGAAGAGCUGACGGCGUACCUGCUCCGGGCCAGCGCCAUCUGCUCCAAGCUGGGCCUGGCCUUCCUGCACACCUUCCAUGAAGUCACCUUCCGCAAGCCCACCUUCUGUGACAGCUGCAGUGGCUUCCUCUGGGGCGUCACCAAGCAAGGCUACCGCUGUCGGGACUGUGGGCUGUGCUGCCACAAACACUGCAGAGACCGUGUGAAGGUGGAGUGUAAGAAAAGGCCAGGGGCCAAGGGCGAUGUGAGCCCCCCUGGAGCCCCUGGCCCACCCACACCAGCUCCCCACGCCAGCUGUGGCACAGAGGACAAUCUCUCCUACACACUAUCCCUGGAGCCGGAGACAAGGCACUAUCUGCGCCAUGCUUGGACUCAGACAGAGCCCCCGCACCCUUCCUGGGAACCACAGACGGUGCCCCUCGAACGACGGCCCUGCCCACCCAGCCCUCCACGCUGAAUUCCUAGACCCUGCUUGGGUCUGACCUCUCUCACCUCCCCCACAGUCAGUCUCAAGUCCUAUUCUUCGGCCUCCAGCAGGACCCCCAAAGGCGUCACCUCCUUCGCAUCCACACUGCCUUCAGCGAAGAGUUUGUCAUUUCUUACUCCAAAAGUUUCUUCUUUUGCAUCAGAGUGCCUACAACCUGUAUUCUGUUUUCCUGCACUUAGCAUCUGUGUGGUUUCAUGGUGGAUAUGUUUAGACCUAAGUAUCAUCUCACCGAGUCCUUACAUCUCCAUUUUACAGAUGAGGAAACUGAGGCCCAGGGAGGUUAAGCUGCUCUCUAAGGUGGCAGAGCUCCUAAGUGUUGGAGGCAGGACUCAAACCCUGGCCUUCUGUCUGCCUCUAAAACGGAAGCUCCUUACCAAUAUGCUACACUGACAGCAUGGGUCAGGAUGGGAGGGGAUAGGCUGGGCAGAGUUCCUAACUCUGGGGCUCCAGAGACAGGAGAGAAGGCUGGAGUAGAGAUGGAACAGGGAGCCUGUGAACACCUGAGUCCCUCCUCUGCUCAGAGCCCUUCCACGCCUCGGUCUCACUCGGGGAAAGCCAGAGUCCUCACUGUGGCCCACCUCCCACAAUCGAUUUGUCACCUCUCUGACCUUACCUACUACCACCCACCCCCUUACUCAUCCUGCUUCAGCUACACUGAACCCUAUGGUCCCUGAACGUGCCAAAAAUACUCCUACCUCAGGGCCUUUGCAGUGGCAGUUCCCUCUGCCUGGAGUGCUCUUCCAGAGGCCUCCAUGGCUCCCUCUUUGGGACUUAGCUCAAAUGUCACCUUCUCAGUGAGGCUCCUCUGACCAUACUCGAAGUUGCAAUCCACCCCCAGUCCUGCUCCUGUUUUCCUGCUUUGUUUUUUCCCCAAAGUCCUUUACCCAUCUGACAAACAAUACUUUUUUACCUAUUUAUCUUGUUGAAUGUCUGCUCCUCGUCACCAGAAAUGUCAGCUCCAGGACAGCAGGGGUUUUUAUAAUCUAUACUUUUCGCUACUGUAUUCCUGGUGCCUAGAAUGGGGCUGGCACAUGGUGGGCACCUGAGAACUGUUCGUCCAAUGCCAGCAUGUCUCCUUCCCUAUGCCCAUAGGAAGGGAAAGAUGUGUUGCUAAAGAGCAAAGGACUAUGAGGGUCAGAGCAACAGGGGCCUGUUGAAACCCAGUGGACAUAGACACCCCUACCCCUUCUCAAACCUGAGCACCCCUGGCCUGACCCCACAGAGACAGGUCCUACAGCUGUCAUAAAUUAAAUUUAUUUUCUAGAGAA